AUGAUCCGCAAAACAUACGCCGAACGAGCAAAAAACUACAAAAACCCAGCAGCAGUCAGAUUGCUGGAAACCAUCGAGAGGAAGAAAACCAAUCUCUGCGUCAGCGUCGACACGCCCAAAACCGAGGAUUUCCUCACUAUCAUCGACGUCGUUGGCCCAUAUGUCUGCCUUAUCAAGGCAAGUACUCACGUCGAUAUCUUGGAAGACUUUGAUUCAUCUGUAAUCGAGCGUCUGGAGAGUCUCAGUAGGAGGCACGACUUCCUCAUCUUCGAGGACAGAAAGUUUGCUGACAUUGGCAACACGGUUGCUCUACAAUACGGAGGAGGUGUCCACAAAAUUGCGCAAUGGUCGCACAUUACCAAUGCACACCCUGUACCUGGUCCUUCUAUCAUCCAAGGUCUCGCAUCCGUGGGCAAGCCACUUGAACGAGGAUUGUUGCUCCUCGCAGAAAUGAGCACAAAGGGGGCUCUGACCAAAGGGGCCUACACCAACUCUGCAGUACAGAUGGCACGAGAACACAAAGACUUCGUCAUCGGCUUCAUCGCACAGCGCAGAAUGGAAGGAAUCGGCGCGCCCCCGGGAGUGGACACAACCGAUGAAGACUUCUUGAUCCUUACUCCCGGUGUAGGACUUGAGAUGAAAGGCGAUGCAAUGGGACAGCAGUACCGAACGCCACGCCAAGUUGUGCUCGAAGAUGGAUGUGACGUGAUUAUUGUUGGACGAGGAAUCUAUGGGAACGACCCCAAGGCAGUGGACGUCAUCGCAGCACGAGCAGAACGUUACAUGACAGAAGGGUGGGCUGCGUACCAGGAAAGAAUAGCAUCUGCUUAG